AUGUCAUUUCCCAGUGAGUACUCCGUCAAGUCCACGCGGGGUAUCUCACGCAGAAGUGCGGGUUCUGCGGGUACCCGUUUCGUGGACUUCAUUCGCUCCCUCUUCCAAUCUGUUUUUGCAAAACCAGAGAUGGUCUACGAGUUUUCUAUCCCCACGACAGUAGCCCCAUGUCUCCCCAUUUCCUCCUCACUGAAGCGCCAUCAAACUACUCCUCCAGUUCGCUCCUUCUCCCAGUAUGAAUACCUCUCGGAUGCAAGAAAAAAUACCUUCGAGUACGGGAACAACGUGACCCCGUCCAGCACUCAAUUCGUGCUAUCCAGGUCGCCACAUCCACCGCCACCGCACCCAAGCAUCCGCACAAUCGAUCAAUUCUACACUCCGCAAAUUAAACGGUCGAAUGUGAAGCGGAUUAGCACCGAGGCUGCUAGGCUGCAUGAUAUACGAAUCGUUGAUUUGGGUGAGGGACUGAUGCGCGCGCAUUUGCAUGACAAACAGGGAGAGGAGUGUGCGAUAAGGGCUGAACCCAGAACAAUCUACUCAGAGAGUGUGGAGAUCGACGUGCGUAGUACUGCGACCCAACAAUUUUCACCGUUACCCAGGAAGUUAGACAAACGGGUAAUUUCGGUGGCGAAUAUCGCUGUGGAUGGUUCGCGUGCCACUGCCUUUGAUAUUCAACCACAGCUCUCCAAUGUCACAAAGAAGAAAAUUUCAUUAAAGUACAAAAGUUAUGAUCGGUUAGAGCAGCCGAAUCAGGUAUCCGAAGGAAAUAAAUUUAAGCAACAGAUGGCAAUAAAGGAAAAGAUAUUGGCUGAGUGGGAACGCAGUCGGUAUCAUGAUGAGCAAGGGCCGGACAGCAGUUUUUCUUCGCUCGUAUCAAGGGAGGAACCGAUGAUGUCACGGUUGCAAUCGAACACUAAGUCCUCGUACGGGGCAAAAUAA